AUGUCUUCAAAAGAUAAAGAUAAAAAGAAGAAAACAGCUAAAUUGGAAAAAAAAGACACCAAAAUUUAAAGUGUCCCUGAUUUAGAACAAUCUCAAUUGAUAGCAAGAGUAAUUAGCAGAGGAGGGGAUAAAGAAACCAAAAAUCUAGGUAUCAAUUAAAUAACAUCAUAGCCAAUAAUGAGGAUGGUCCGUAUAUGCAAACCUUCUCAUCAUCUUAUUCUAAUGGUUUUUCAUAGAUGAAUAAUUUUUCUGGAAUUCAAAGUUAAUAAUAAUUGGGCAAUAAUUUUCAUAGAAGUACCGAUUAUAAUACAAACUAAUUCAUGUCAGAUUCAACUUAAGAAGAAUAUCGUAGCUAAUAAAAUACUAUUCCUUAUUAUUAAUAGUAGACAUAAACAAUGUAAAAUUAUUAACAAUAUUAUCACUAACAACAUUAUCAUAUGGGAAAUUAAGACUAAAACGAUUAUCGAUAUGAAAGUAUUAGAAAUUAGAUUAAUUAAAAUUUGUUGCCAAAGAGACAAGAAAUACUCUAUUAAAUCUAAAAGGUUAGUACUUUAUAUGAUGAAUUAGAUAGAAAAUAGGAUUGAAGAAAUCAAAUAUCAAACCUAAAAAAUUGAAAAUAUGACUAGAGAAGAGUGUGAUUGUAUAAUAGACAGAUUAAGAUCGGCUGAAAAAUAAAAACUGUAAAGAUUAUAUCAAGAUAAAGAUGAACUUAUAAGGUAUUAAAUUGGAAUUAUAAAUUUCAAAGUAAUAUCGAAUAUAUUGAUUCUCUCUCAUCCUAUGCUUUAAAUAAUCAGGAAUAGGUUUCCUCAAUUAAUAUACUUGGGGACAUAGAAAGAAUGGCCAACGUAAGGAUCAAAACUUAAAUUGAUAUUAACUCAAACGAUUUACCACAAGAGUUUGUUUAAUUAAAAUAAUCAUUCUAAUAGAAUAUCAUAUAAUAAUAGAUGAUCGAAUUUAAGAAUGAAAUGAUUUGGAAAUUGAUGAAUGAUUCUAAAAUAGAGAUAUUAAAAGUCAAAGCUGAGUUAGAAUAAUAUGUUUAGCAAGAGUAAUAAAAAUGGUAAAAUAUUGAGGAGAAAUAUUAAUAAGAACUAAAUAAAUAUAAAUUGCGAUGUACUUUUUGUGGAGUUAAUUUUGAUGAUAGAUAAAUAAAUUCAAAUUGCCAAUAGAACUCUAAAAAUGCAAGUAAUUUUAUUGUUGUAAAUAGGGCCAUUAUUUGAAUGUGAAGAUGUUCCUCAAGAAUAAUAUAUUGGUACUAAUAGACAUUUUUUUAGCAAAAGCAAGCAACUUCAAGAAUCAUAAAUGCAAAUCUAAAAUAAAAAAGUAUGA